UAGCGAGCGAACGCUUGUACGCGUUAAAAUCAGUGCCGAUAUAAAAAAGUUAACUCUUUUGUAUAAAAACCGUGUUGUGUCUUGUACAUAUCAAGUGAGGACUUUGGAUUAUUAUUUUUGUUAUAUUUGCGGAGAUUUUUCAAGGAUUCAGUUGGAAAGGAAACCAGAAAUCAAACGCGUCGCCGCGAUGAAGAGUCUAUGAUCAUUUGAAACUGGGCGUGAUUGGCGCCGGCGGACAAGAUGACAUCGGAGCGUGCGAUCCCCCACCUGAGGGACAUCUUCGGACUCAACCAGCAGUACGACACCAAGGCCUUCGACGACAAUGAAGACAAAACCAAGAAGUCCAUCAGGAAGAAGAAGGAAGAAUACAAAACAUACGCAAAUGGAGACGUGAAGACCCUGGAGAGACAUCUCAGCAUGAAGAAAACCAUAAGGAAAAAGAUCAUGCGCGAUCUCCAGCAGGCCUUCGUCGAAGAUCCGAACGAGUUCAAGGUAGAAAACACAAGUCCCGAGAAGUUGAAAUCCGAACUCAGCGCAGAGGCUGUCAAAAUCGAGAAGAAUGUUCGGAAAAACGAUCCUACUUUCCUAGAUAUGCUCCGAGGAGAAACGAGGGGUGAGGAAACGAGGGAGGAGCAACCGACAGCGGAGAAAACGAGCUUCUGGCGGCGUCUUACCAUGAAGAACAAAAACAAGAGAUAAUUUGUUUACGUACGCUGCUUACACUUUAUUCCGUUUUAGCUUAUCUGCAUCUGAAUCUAGAGUGUAACAUUCUGCGUUAUGAAAACUCGCUUACAAGAAUAUUAAAUGUCAAUAAACACCCAACAAGAAGUUGAACUGCACCAUUAGUGGUCACUCGAUAAAAAAGCUAUGGUUUCCGAUAAAACCAGAAGUAUCCGGUACAGCAACACUUUAGAACGUAACGCUAAACCCAUGACUGCAUCUACACCACGCCCAACAACGCUUCAUGCCCAGUUAUCAUGAUCAUCAUCGUAAUCAUCACAUUACCCACCCACUUAAGGGUACGGGUCUCCUCUCCUUCUUGACGUGUUUAGACCGUAGUCUACCACGGUGGCGAAGUACGGAUUCGUAGACUUCACACGCCUUCGAGAACCUUAUGGAGACAGAACUAUUAGGCAUGCAGGUGUCGUAACGAUGUUUUGCUACACCGUUAAAGCAAGUGAUAUUUUAAUUCCUUAAAUUAAAAACGCUCAUAACUCUGAAAAGUU